GGGCGAGGAGGGGGGUUGUAAGGAAACUGGAAAAAAAUAAUGCAGACAUGUGAUAGUCACAUGAAAAGGUGUGACUACAGAGCGUAUAUACACAAUGUGUGGGUAAGAAAAUCUUGCUGUCCAGUGCCGUUUAGCUGAAAGCAGCCACAGCCCUCUAACCUAUUGAUUUCCUGCAGGAGGAGGAUGACCUGAAAAGAGCUCUGUGGAUCUUUCUGUUUUAAAUGUUGGAAUACUUUUUUGUGUUUUAUUUCCACUGAAGAUGUUAAAAACUGAAUUUCUUUAUUGAAAUGUUACUUGCAAAUCUGUCUCUGACCAAUGUUUCUGCUAACCAGCAGUAUCAAGGGGUUUUGGAAAGAGUUUUAUUUUCCACUCUGACUACACUGCCAUGUUGUUUAUUUCUCUGCAUUAAUGGAAUCAUGCUUUUUACUUUAAGGAGCAAAGCUUUGUUCUGUGAGACGUCGCGAUACAUUCUCCUGUAUAACCUUCUGUUUGCAGACACAGUACAGAUGGCACUGAGUCAGUUAUUGUAUAUUAUUGCUGCUUGUAGGAUAACACUAACAUAUCCUGUAUGUGGUUUUCUCACCAUGCUUGCCAAUCUUACGACUGUGGUCUCUCCUGUCACGCUGGUGGUGAUGUCUCUGGAGAGAUAUGUCGCCGUGUGCUACCCACUGAGGCAUGCUAGCAUCAUCACUAUCACCAACACAGGUGUGGCCAUCAUUGUGAUCUGGGCCAUCGGUUCACUAAAUAUCUUGACUCGAGUUCUUCUGCUGUUAGAGUUUCCUUUUGAAGCCCUUGAUAGUCUGCAGAUGAAAGACUUUUGCUCUGAAAUAGCAAUGUCUGGUGGGUCUAUGUCUGAUAAUUACGACAAAGCCUUCACAUGUGCUCUGUUUAUUUCAGCAAGUGUGGCAAUCACAUGCUCUUAUAUUGGUGUUAUAGUAGCAGCCAGGUCGGCCUCCACAGAUAAAGCUUCAGCGCGUAAGGCUUGUAACACACUGCUGCUACAUCUGGUGCAGCUGGGUCUCAGUCUUUCUUCAACCAUUUGUAACCCACUACUCACAGCACUUGCAAGAGUUUUAACAAGGAUAGUGUUUGUGCGCAUCCAGAAUGUUUUUUAUGUUUGUAUUUUCCUUUUCCCCAGAUGUCUGAGUUCACUGAUUUAUGGUAUCAGAGAUCAAAGCAUCAGACCUGUGCUCAUAUAUUAUCUUUGCUGUCGACUGAAAUACUCAGUCAUACAGCCGAGACUGAAGGCUGCGAUCGAAGUAGAGUGUUAGUCAGAGUAUACACCACGCUUACAAGCAUACAAACCUCAAAGUACCGUACUGCAAUUCUGGAUAACUCCUUCUGUUACUGACUUGACUUUUGAAUUUUUAUUGAAAACCAUACAGUUGUCAAAUGACACACGUGAGGAAUUGUUUGCUGCUGUUUACUAAAGGAACAUAAUUCUUUAUAAUUCUCUCAAAUGAUUACAUGCUUUGGUAAAACAGGAAAGAGUGUCACAUUUGUGUAACCCUGUAAUCUGUGUACAGCCACUCUAUCUCAAGCACUGCUCAGGCAAAGAAAUUGCAGCAAUUUUUAAUUAGAUGUAAUUGGCCUACAUCUGUCCUACUUCUGAACCUGCAGUUUAGCCUUGGAAUUACUGCAGGUGUCCUAGAGGGUUUUCUUUCAGUUCCAAGUUGUGCAAAUAAAUUCAGCACUUUGGAA